UUCGGUUGGGCGCCCCGCAGUCGCAGUCCGCCGCGCGCCGGGAGCUUCUGAGCGGAGAAGCCUCGGGAGCUUGAAUUCGGAGCCCGCCAAGUGCUACCUCCUUCGCCACCCAUGGCGCUCAAGGAUUACGCGCUGGAGAAAGAAAAGGUGAAGAAGUUCCUGCAAGAGUAUUACAAAGAUGAGGAAGUCGGCGGGAAGCAGUUCAAAUAUGGGGACCAGUUGGUCCAGCUGGCUCAUCGGGAGCAGGUGGCAAUGUAUGUUGACCUGGACGACAUCGCUGAGGAGGACCCCGAGCUGGUGGAAUCCAUCUGUGAGAAUGCCAAGCGCUAUUCUAGGCUCUUUGCAGAUGCUGUGCAGGAGCUUCUGCCUCAGUACAAGGAGCGGGAGGUGGUGAACAAAGAUGUCCUGGACGUUUACAUCGAGCACAGGCUGAUGAUGGAACAGAGGAGCCGGGACCCUGGAGCAGCCCGAAGCCCACAGAACCAGUACCCGCCUGAGCUCAUGCGUAGAUUCGAGCUGUACUUCCAAGGCCCAAGCAGUAGCAAGCCUCGUGUUAUCCGGGAAGUUCGGGCUGACUCUGUGGGGAAGUUGGUUACCGUCCGUGGGAUCGUCACGCGCGUCUCAGAAGUCAAACCCAGGAUGGUUGUGGCCACGUACACAUGUGACCAGUGCGGAGCAGAAACCUACCAACCAAUCCAGUCGCCCACCUUCAUGCCUUUAAUCAUGUGCCCGAGUCAGGAGUGCCAGACCAAUCGCUCAGGGGGGCGGCUGUACCUACAGACACGUGGCUCCAAGUUCAUCAAGUUCCAAGAGAUGAAGAUGCAAGAGCAUAGCGACCAAGUGCCUGUGGGCAACAUCCCACGCAGCAUCACAGUGCUGGUAGAAGGUGAGAACACCAGGCUCGCCCACCCAGGUGACCAUGUCAGCGUCACUGGCAUCUUUCUGCCCAUCCUCCGUACUGGGUUCAACCAGGUUGUGCAGGGCUUGCUCUCGGAAACCUACCUAGAGGCCCACCGUGUGGUGAAGAUGAGCAAGACUGAGGAUGAUGAGGCGGGGGUCACACAGCUAAGCAAGGAGGAGCUGAGGAAGAUUGCAGAGGAGGACUUCUACGAGAAGCUGGCAGCGUCCAUUGCCCCCGAGAUCUAUGGGCAUGAGGAUGUGAAGAAGGCACUGCUGUUGUUGCUAGUGGGGGGUGUGGACCAGUCUCCCCGUGGCAUGAAGAUCAGGGGUAACAUAAACAUCUGCUUGAUGGGGGACCCAGGCGUGGCCAAGUCUCAGCUCCUGUCCUACAUUGACCGCCUGGCCCCACGCAGCCAGUACACGACCGGCCGUGGCUCCUCAGGUGUGGGGUUGACGGCGGCAGUGCUGCGGGACUCUGUGAGUGGGGAGCUAACGCUGGAAGGUGGCGCCCUGGUGUUGGCCGACCAGGGUGUCUGCUGCAUUGAUGAGUUCGACAAGAUGGCAGAGGCCGACCGCACUGCCAUCCAUGAGGUCAUGGAGCAACAGACUAUUUCCAUCGCCAAGGCGGGCAUCCUCACCACACUCAACGCCCGCUGUUCCAUCCUGGCAGCUGCCAACCCAGCUUAUGGUCGCUACAACCCUCGCCGUAGCCUGGAGCAGAACAUCCAGUUGCCAGCUGCCCUGCUAUCCCGGUUUGAUCUCCUGUGGCUCAUCCAGGAUCGGCCGGACCGAGAUAAUGACCUAAGGCUGGCGCAACACAUCACCUACGUGCACCAGCACAACCGGCAGCCUCCAACCCAGUUGGAGCCUUUGGACAUGAAGCUGAUGAGGCGCUACAUUGCAAUGUGCCGCGAGAAGCAGCCCACAGUGCCUGAGUCCCUGGCCGACUACAUCACAGCCGCCUAUGUGGAAAUGCGGCGUGAGGCCUGGGCAAGCAAAGAUGCCACGUACACGUCAGCACGGACCCUGUUGGCCAUAUUGCGACUGUCCACAGCACUGGCACGGCUGCGAAUGGUGGACACGGUGGAGAAGGAAGAUGUGAAUGAGGCCAUCAGGUUGAUGGAGAUGUCCAAGGAUUCCCUGCUGGGUGACAAGGGGCAGGUGGCCAGGACUCAGAGACCAGCAGACGUGAUCUUCGCCACUAUCCGGGAGCUGGUUUCUGAGGGCCAGAGUGUCCGCUUCUCAGAGGCAGAGCAGCGCUGUAUCUCCCGGGGCUUCACCCCUGCACAGUUCCAGGCAGCUCUGGAUGAGUAUGAGGAGUUAAAUGUAUGGCAGGUCAAUAAUGCCCGCACAAGGAUCACUUUUGUCUGAUGGGGCUCCUGCCAAAUUCUGGUAGGGGAGAAGAGGGCACCUGCUUCUCCCACAGAUUGCACUUGUUUUAUUUUACUAAUAAAAUGUUUCUAGACUGCUU